GUAGCAGGUCUAUUUUUUUCCCUGGAUCUGGUACUGGAAACCCUAGACGGUGAGGUUCUUCAGCUUUGGUUGUGGAGAUUGCUCUCUUGGUGCUUCGAGGGCGUUGGGAGGGCGGAGGGAGGAGCUGUGGUGUUCUCCGUUAUUUAUCUUCCUUAUCCUGGUUGCCGAUGCUAUUGGCUGUUUUCUCAUGCCGCCGGAACCAUCGCACUGGGAUCGGAAGGAUCUCUUGAAGGAGAAGAAGCUUGAGAGGUCGGAUGCCCUAGGCUCUGUUGCAAGAUGGAGGGAUUUUCAUCAAGGAUCCCGCGACUUAGCUCGAUGUGGUUCGAACGACUUUCGCCGCCUUCAAGGUCAUGGUAAGCAGGGUGGUUACCAGCUAUUCUCCGAAGAUUCUGGUUAUGGAUGUACGAUUUCGCGGUCUAUUGAGAGAAUGGGGGAUGAUGAUAUCUGCCGGCCUUCUGCUUCCCUUGGAGAGGUAAAAUACGGGCGGAACAGCAGGGAAAGUAAAGGAUUCUGCAGCCAGAAGGAAUGGAAAGGAGCGCACCUGUGGGAGAAGGCGAGGGAAACGGAUGCAUCUUUUAGCUCGUCAGGCAGGCAGCUUGAGAUGAAUUCUCAGAGGUCAGUCAAUGAUCUGCUAACAUACUCAUCUCACCUUCAUGUUGACAUUGAAACCUCGUCAUGCGACCAACUCAACUACAAAGAUCACCAUGAUAUGAUGGGUGGUGCCAAUGGCUUCGCCACAGGCCACAAAUAUGACAAAGAUAACUCGCUUGGAUCAAUCACCUGGAAGCCACUGAAAUGGACCCGUUCUGGUAGCUUGUCAUCACGUGGCUCUGGUUUCAGCCAUUCCAGUAGCAGUAGGAGUAUCAAAGCCGAUUCGGAUGGGACAAAGUCUGAGUUACAGCAUGGGAAAGUGCCUCCAGUCCGUUCACCUUCUGGGUAUGCUUCUGCUGUUGUAAACUCUGCUGCUCCUUUUGAAGAUUCAUGUUGUAGGAAGAAGCAGCGACUUGGAUGGGGCCAGGGUCUGGCAAAGUAUGAGAAGCAGAAGGUCGAAGUUCCUGAUGAAACUAUUGGCAAGAGUGCGUUGGUUUCAUGUUCGAACAACAAUCACACUACGCAUGGUCCUGUUGCAAGUCUAUCCGAGAAAAGCCCUCGAGUCACAGGUCUAUCAGAAUGUGCCUCUCCUGCAACUCCCUCUUCUGUUGCAUGGAGUUCAUCACCAGGUGUUGAUGACAAAUCAUAUAGUAAGGGGGCAAAUAUUGAUAAUGAUAUGAGUAAUUUAAGUGAUUCACCAGUGCAAGGAUUUCAGAGUUGCCUUGAGGAGUUCUCUCUAAGUCUGGAGAAUUUGGAGAUCAAUCCCAUGAAUAAUUUAAGCUCCCUAGUUGCUGACUUGCUGCAAGUUGAGGAUGCAAGCUCUGGUGACUCUUGCUUUGUGAGAUCUACUGCCACGAAUAAGUUGCUGAUACUAAAAAGUAAUAUCCUGAAGGCACUAGAGAAGACAGAUUUUGAAAUUGAUUUAUUUGAUACUGAACUUAAGUCAUUGAAUUUUGAAUCAGAAAUUGGUGUUUCUUGUUUAAGAUUAAGAGGGUCGGAUUCAUUGCAAGUGACACCCAAAGAUUGUGAUGAUGUAUGUGAUGCAUCUAAUGUGUUGCCAAAUCCAGCUCCCUUGCAUGUAGCUUCUUUUGGUGAUAUCGUUGAGGAGAAGCCGAUGCUUCACAAUGAUACAUUGGAAAAAGUAUACGCUGGAGUUGGGGAUGAGGAUAUUGAGAGUCCAGGAACUGCCACAUCUAAGUUUGGGGAACUGCCAUCUAUGGAAAAUCCAGACUUUUCAGCAGAUAUGUUAAAGCAUGAGGAAUCUUCUGUAGAUUUUGUGGCAGCCAGAUCAACAACUGCUGGCGCACUAUGUUUAUUUCCCUCUGAUGCGAAAAAUCCAGUGGUUGUUUCUGGGGCAGAGGAUGCAGAUCCCCUUGUUGAUAUCAGUACCACUGCUCAGAUUUCCAGUGGCUUGAGCUCACAUGAUGACCCAGAUUGUAAAUUUCAUGCUUCUAUAUUUGCUUCCAACAAAGAUACUGCAAGAAAAGCGUUUGAAGUAUUUAAUAAACAGUUGCCCUCUGAGCAACAUCAAGUUGAUAUUUUGGGAGCUAGUAGUGUCUUUUGCCUACAAAAGAGGGCGCUUGUCAAGGAGAAGCUUGCGGCAAGGAAAUGUUUCCUUCGAUUCAAGGAGCGAGUUCUUACCCUGAAGUUUAGGGCAUUUCAGCACUUGUGGAAGGAAGACAUGCGGUUACUUUCAAUGAGGAAGAGUCGGCCGAAGUCUCAGAAGCGGUUUGAAUUGAGCUCACGAUCAUUGCAUGCUGGGCACCAGAAAAAUCGAUCAUCUAUCCGUUCUCGGUUUACUUCACCUGCAGGUAAUUUGACACUGGUCCCUACAACGGAGAUUGAAGAUUUUGCCAGCAAGCUACUGUCAGAUUCCCAAAUUAAACUUUACAGGAAUAGUCUGAAAAUGCCUGCUUUAAUCUUGGAUGAGAAGGAGAGGAAUCUUUCAAGGUUCAAUACAGCAAAUGGAUUAGUUGAGGAUCCCUGUGCUGUCGAGAAGGAAAGGUCAAUGAUCAAUCCAUGGACUUCUAAGGAGAAGGAAAUUUUCAUGGAGAUGCUUGCCACAUUUGGGAAGGACUUCAGAAAAAUUGCAUCUUUUCUUGAGCACAAAACAAUUGCUGAUUGCAUUGCGUUCUACUACAAAAACCAGAAAUCAGAGAGUUUUGAAAAAAUAAAGAAAAGAUUGGAACUGAGAAAGCAAGAAAAAAUUUACCCUACAAAUACUUACCUGGUAACAUCAGGAAAGAAGUGGAAUCGAGAGGCUAAUGCUGCUUCCCUUGAUAUGUUAGGAGCAGCUUCUGUGAUUGCCGCUCAAGCUGAUGAAAGCAUGAAAAUUCAUUGUGGGGAAAAGUUUUUUUCAGGGGGGGUUCGUGGCUAUAAAACAUCUCGAGGUGAUGAUGCUGGUUUGGAAGGGUCGAGCAGUGUUGAUAUUCUUGCAAAUGAGAAAGAAGCUGCAGCUGCUGAUGUGUUGGCUGGAAUAUGUGGUGCUCUAUCAUCUGAAGCAAUGAGCUCUUGUGUUACAAGUUCUGUUGACCCAGGGGAAGGUUUUCAGGAGUGGAAGAGUCAGAAGCAAAGCUACAGAAACAGUCGACCUUUGACACCAGAGGUUUUGCAGCAUGUGGAUGAUGAGGAAACUUGUUCAGAUGAUAGUUGUGGGGAGUUGGAUUCAGUGGAUUGGACUGAUGAUGAGAAGUCCAUUUUAAUCCAGGCACUGAGAACUUAUGGUAAGGAUUUUGUGAAAAUCUCCCGUUAUGUUGGGACAAAGUCAAGAGAUCAAUGCAGAAUCUUCUUCAGUAAGGCACAAAAGUGUCUUGGCCUGGAUGUGAAUCAUCCUGGGCAAAACAAUGAUGGAAUGCCAGUAAGUGAUACCAAUGGAGGAAGGAGUGACACUGAAGAUGCUUGUGUUGUGGAGAUGGAGUCUGCCAUUUGCAGUACUCAAUCAUCCUCCAGGAUGGAUGUUGACUUGCCAUUGGACAUGGAUACAUCUGGGAAUGCUGGGACCACUAACUUGCAGAAUGACAUGGAUGGAUCUAUCGAGAUAAAACGAAUGGGGCAAUCAGAACAAGAAGAUUCUGAGAAAGAGUUGGGAACUGUUGUUGCUGAAGAUGAUCAGCCUCUGCCAGAGAGAAGUUUUGAUGGUGACAUCAAGUCAAUGGAACUGGAGGGAGUUAAGAUUAGUGCAGCUCAAUAUUUUACUUUGGCUGAUGAUGCUGUUAAAGUAGAGGUUGCACCAAGAUCUGAGCAGCAUGUUGAAAAAGUACAUGGAAGAGAAUCCACUCAGACAACCAUUGCUCCUGUGGAUGAACCUAUAAGUGCUGGAGGAACAAAGGGAACUGAAGGAUCAAAAUUGAAUUCUACAGUUGAGCUCCAUGCUGAUCCAGGUGCUGCUUGUGAGCAUAUAAUGCGUUCAGAGGGAUCACAGUCUGCAGUUUCUGAAAAUGGCCUAGAUGAUAGAAGACAUGCAAAGUUUAGUGCAGAUACAAAUAGCAAUGCCAGUACUUCAUGUUGCAAUCCAUCAGACUCUGCCAAAAACAAUGCUUCUGGCAUUGUGGAGGAUGGAUGCAUACACCCUGGUUUCAAUUUUACUUCCAGUAUACAGCCCAAGGUCUCUUUGGAGUUUCUUUCGUCUGUUCAUAAGCCUCAGAUUAUAUCAUGGCCCCAGAAGGAGAACCGUCCUCUGUCUGCAAGUGUAGAAUUGCAGGAUUCUUCUGUUGUUCAUACUGAGAAUCAUACUAGACAGCCAACAUCAUCGUUGUCAUCAACUCUAAAUGUUGAGGAGCAUGGAAACAAGCAGCGUCUGAGAUCUUCUAAUACAGAUAUAUACCAUCAGUAUCUUUUGGGACAGUCGUUGAAUCGGGGCGACACAUCACAGAUACUCAGAGGCUAUCCUCUCCGUGUGUUGAACAAGAAAGAGAUGAAUGCGGAAGUAGACAACAAAAGCUAUGGGAAGUCCUCCAUCGUUCAUAAUUUCUCAAAGGUGAGCAGAGAUCAGCAUUCGCAUCAGCAUUUGGUGCAGGACUUGUAUCAGGAGAAGUGCAAUGGUUCAAUACUUCCCCAUCCAGUGGCUGAGCUUCCUCUUCUGUCCAGAACUCAAGAACAGCCCGCAAGUGAUCAUCUCAGACCCCAUUCUUUGAGUAACUCAGAUACAGCAGAACACUCACGCAGGACCGGUGAUGUCAAAUUGUUUGGUCAAAUUCUUAGUCAUCCCUUACCUUUGCAGAAGCAAAAUCCCACCAGUCACAAGGGUGAUGACAAGAGUUUGUCUCCUGAAACUAAUGGCAUUCCAUUUAAGUUACAAUUCACUCCUGAUAGAGGGGUUGAUUGUGCUUCAGUUAUGUCGAAGGUCGAUCCUAGCAAGUAUUCAAGCUUGGACGAUUUCCCCACGAGGAGUUAUGGUUUUUGGGAUGGGAAUCGGAUACAGACUGGGCUACCAUCAUUGCCAGAUUCUGCCAUCUUAUUGGCAAAAUAUCCUGCUGCAUUUGCAGAUUUCCCGACAUCUUCAUGCAGGGUUGAGCAGCAGCCACCGUCUCCAGUUGUGAAGAGGAAUGAUUGUAUCUCUGUUUUCCAGAGUAAAGAUGAGGGCGAUAGUGGUGGUGGUGGUGGAGCACUGCCUGAUAUUAAAGUGUACAGGACCUAUGAUGGAACAAAAGUGCAGCCAUUUGCAGUAGAUAUGAAGCGCCAUGACGUGCUUUUAGAGAUGCAGAAACGGAAUGGUUACGAGGGUGUGCCGAGCUUUCAACAGCAAGGAAGAGUUGUGGGAAUGAAUGUUGUAGGGGGAAGCAUCCUGAUGGGAGGAAAUUGUGCAGUUUCGGACCCGGUUGCAGCCAUGCAAAUGCAUUAUGCCACAGCCGAAAGGUAUGGUGGGCAGGCUAGCUUGAGAGAAGAAUCUUGGAGACGUGGAGACUUAGGCAGGUAGCGUAGUAGAAAGAGCAGCAGCAAAUAGCAAAGAUCGUCAUUGGGUAGGUGGUCAAGAGGGGCCAAUUUAUUUGGUCCUCGGUGGCGUUCAGGAAGAUAAUUCUGUUUUAGGUCACAUUUGUACAAUACUUUUGUAAAACCUCAGAUUCGAAUGGAACCAAAGGGAAGAUAUGGGGGAUGGCUCUGUCCAUCAUCUCACUUCGUCAGAAAAAAUCUUAGGAGCUUUUGUAUUAUGUCCCCCAUUGUAUUUGUUGUAUUGGAUGGAAGAUACAGAAAAAUAAUCUGGAAGAUUUUGGGAGAGGAGACUAUCUUGGUCGCUGGCAUUGCUAUGCCUUUCUUUUUGGAUCUCCCAGUUUUCGUCUCACUAUUCAUUCUUGCAGCAGUUGAGACGGCGCAGGAACCAUGAAUUAUCAUU